AUGGCCGCCUCUGCCCCCGCGAUCCAGCAGUCCGUGUUCAAGGAGGGGCUUAUGCCCCGUCGUUUCAUCGGGCCGUGGUUGCUCGUCUCUUUCCUCUUCUUCUUGUGGGGUUUACUGUACGGCCUGCUGGACACGCUUAAUGCGCACCUCCGCUCCGUUCUCGGCGUGACGCGCACUCAGUCGACGGGCCUGCAGGCCGCCUACUUUGGCGUGGGCUACUUCCUCUUCUCGCCCGUGGCCGGCUGGGUCCUGAAGCGUCGCGGGUACAAGGUUACGAUCAUCAUGGGCCUCGUGCUGUAUUCGACUGGCGCGAUCUUGUUCUGGCCCGUGGCCCGCGAGUCCAUGAAGCCCGACGCGAACAAGCAGGGCAUCUUUGGCGGCUUCGUCGUCCUCACUGCCCUCACGGCUUGCGGACUCGCCAGUCUCGAGGUCUCGGCCAACAGCUACAUCACCGUCAUGCCGCCGCAGGGCGUGAGCGCGCUCCGCCUCCAGCUGUCGCAGGGCUUCAACGGCAUCGGCUCUUUUGCCGGCCCGCUCAUCGCGUCAAAGUAUUUCUUCAGCGAUGGGCACGACGACGACCUCAACAACGUCCAGUGGGUGUACCUCGCUGUCUCCGCUGUCGGCUUCAUCCUCGCGUUCGUGUUCCUCAUCUACCCCCUGCCAGAGGUGCAUGAGGACGAGCUGGUCUUCGAUACGAACGAGCCGCGCAAGCCGCUCUGGAAGGAGACGCGCGCGCUCUCCGCCGCAGUCGCACAGUUCAUGUACGUCGGCGCGCAGGUCAUGCUGGCGAGCUUCUUCAUCUUCCUGGCCGAAGACGCGGGGAUCAACCACGCCCGCGGCUCCGAGCUCCUCUCCUACUCGCUCAUCAUGUUCACUAUCGGUCGCUUCCUCUCCGUCGCCCUGAUGGUGAUCUGGCCCGGCGCCGUCGUGCUCUUCGGAUACACCCUGCUCUCGCUCCUGUUCACCAUCCUCACCGCCUCGCUCUCGGGCAUGACCGGCGUCGCCAUGCUCAUGAUCGUCAUGUUCUUCGAGAGCUGCAUCUACCCCUGCAUCUUUGCCAUGGGCACGGCUGGACUCGGGCAGAACACCCGCCGUGGAGGCAGUCUCAUCGUCAUGGGCGUCGUCGGCGGUGCCGUCUUCCCUCCCGCGCAGAUGGCUAUCGCGGACCGCUGGAACACCCGCGUCUCGUACUUCCUUGUUGUUCCUUGCUUCGUCUACAUCGCCGGUUGGGCGGUUUACAUCUGGCACAUUGACGGUCGCAAGAUGAUCAACCUCGGCAAGGCCGACGACUCUAGCAGCGUCUCCUCGGCGUCAACCGCCGUCGAGACCGGUCUCGAUGGACUUGAGACCCCCGUCAACGAGAAGGAGACCAUUAAAAUCGAAGUGUAG